AUGAGUCAGACGCAAAUUAGUAGUCAAGUCAGUCCUGAGCAAGAAUCGAGUGGUCCGCAAGGCAUAAUAACACAAGCACCUCCGGAGUCGAAGUUUUUCGUCGGUACAAAGUCCGAAGCAAAUGUAGGCCCACCAUCACCAAAAACAACAAGCAAUUCAGGAACAACUCAACGCCCUCCGCAACGUUCAUUUUUUUCUCUGCUUUUUUGUUGCACGUGGGGUGCUGGCGCUAUAGCAAAUGAAGGUGCCAAAACCGAAACCUCCACGGCUGUUCCUCCAGUUACCAUACCAUCCGGGACCACUGGUAAAAGUACUUCUAAAAAGCAGUCAAUAUCUCCAGGAGAACAAGAAAAGCCCGCGGAAGUCAACCCACCACCUGUGGUACAAGAACCUGAGGAAGAGUAUAGCGAUGAGGUUGAACGUAGAUGGUUGCUCGAGCCUAUAGCUCCCGAGCAUAUCGGCAGAAAGUGUUUAGUUUUAGAUUUGGAUGAAACACUAGUACAUAGUUCUUUUAAGAUAAUUCAUCAGGCUGACUUUGUUGUUCCAGUGGAUAUUGAAAAUCAAAUACAUAAUGUAUACGUGAUAAAACGGCCGGGCGUCGAUCAAUUCUUGAGAAAGAUGGGUGAAAUAUACGAGAUUGUAGUGUUCACUGCCAGUUUGUCAAAGUACGCCGAUCCGGUCCUUGACAUGUUAGAUCAACAUAAAGUUGUGAAACAUAGACUAUUUAGAGAGUCAUGUUUUAAUCACAAAGGAAAUUAUGUGAAGAACUUAUCACAUCUUGGUCGAGAACUUCGAGAUACAAUUAUCAUUGAUAAUUCACCAGCAAGUUAUAUAUUUCAUCCUACAAAUGCUGUUCCCAUAUCGUCAUGGUUUAACGAUCCUCAUGAUACAGAACUGUUGGAUCUAAUACCAUUUUUGGAGGAUUUAACGUCGGUAGAUGAUGUGAUGAUUGUUUUGGAUUCUUCUAACGAGGCGCACUCACAAACAGCAUUAUCACCCGAAGUUUGCUUAGAAACAAUAGUACUAGAUGACUCUUAA